AUGAGAUACGCAGAUGAGCAAUCCCCCAAUGACAAACGUGUACAGCUCGGUGCUCUUAAAUUCGUACUGCACGCGGUCAUGAAGUUGCUUGAGAAGCAUCCCGUAUUCUUGGGAACAAGUUCGAGAGGUGCUUGUUCUUUACCUCAUCACGGGUGCGAUAAGUUUUGUCAACGAAAUCCCUCGAGCCGUCGAGCCUGUGUAUCACGCACAGUGAGUAGUAUGUGGCUCGCCAUGCGUUGCGAAAAGCACAACCAUCGACACUUCAAACGUACUCCUUUCCCGCCCUUCGAUGACAAGGCACCUCCUCUCGAUUACAGAGAUAACAUAUUGGAUGUCGAACAUUUCGAAGCGAUUCAGCUAGGCUUGGAUGAGGAAAGACAGUGCUAUCAUUGA